AUGAAGUCUUUGUGUUUCUUUGCCACUUUGAUGACUGUAGCCGUCGCGUUACCGCCGAGGGAUUCAGUAGAGAUCAAAAAGCGACUUCUUGGUUUACUAGGUGGACAAGAUGAGGGUGGGCUUGUUGGUGGUCUUUUAGGAGGAGAAGGUGGUCUUGUUAGUGGUCUUUUAGGAGGAGAAGGUGGACUUGUUGGUGGUCUUUUAGGAGGAGAAGAUGGUGGACUUCUAGGUGGUAUUUUAGGUGGAGAAGGUGGACUUCUAGGUGGUAUUUUAGGUGGAGAAGGUGGACUUCUUGGUGGUAUUUUAGGUGGAGAAGAAGGCGGACUUCUUGGUGGUAUUCUGACUGGUAUUAUAAAAACAGCAACGGAUCUGGCUUCAAAGUUACUGGAUACAAUUCUUGGCCUUCUUGGUAGCCUUACACAAGGUUUGGAAGGGAAGACAACUGAACCGGAUAUGUAUGAUGUAUUUAGGAAAUACAAUACGAAAGAUUUGUGUCCCGUGUGUUCAAGUCUUCCCAAGCCUGAACAAGUAUCUACUUGCCAAAAAUACUGCGCUCAACAGAACUGGCAAGCUCAGUAA